UCGCUCUCUAUAUAACAACGCAGCACCAGGCUUCGACCAGCUGAAACUAAACCUAUCACAACUCAAGACACAAUAGUUCAACUCGAUCCAUAGACGAUCAUCAUCUUCUUCUUCUUCUCCUCCAGCAUGGCUGCAACAGCAACAAUGGCGAUGCCUUUAGCUAAUAGGCUUCGUUGCAAACCAAACACCAACUCUUCUUCACCAUCAAGAACACUAUUUGGUAGACGAGUCACCAUGAUCAGUAGCAGCCGCUGGAUGUGCAGGGGUAGUGCUGUCAGUGGCAGCGCGAUCAUGUCGGCGGCGGCCGACGUCGCCGCCGCCGUGCGGCGGGAGGAAGACGAGGAGAUGAGGAGCUACCUGUCGCCGGAGAAGCUAGAGGUGCUGACGCAGAUGGAGCCGUGGGUGGAGGAGCACGUGCUGCCGCUGCUGAAGCCGGUGGAGGCGGCGUGGCAGCCGUCGGACCUGCUCCCGGACCCGGCGGUGCUCGGCGGCGAGGGGUUCCACGCGGCGUGCGCCGAGCUGCGGGAGCGCGCCGCCGGCGUGCCGGACCUGCUCCUGGUGUGCCUCGUGGCGAACAUGGUGACGGAGGAGGCGCUGCCCACGUACCAGAGCUCGCUGAACCGCGUCCGCGCCGUCGGCGACCUCACCGGCGCCGACGCCACGGCGUGGGCGCGGUGGAUCCGCGGGUGGUCCGCCGAGGAGAACCGCCACGGCGACGUGCUCAACCGGUACAUGUACCUCUCCGGCCGCUUCGACAUGGCCGAGGUGGAGCGCGCCGUGCACCGCCUCAUCCGCUCCGGCAUGGCCGUCGACCCGCCGUGCAGCCCGUACCACGCCUUCGUCUACACGGCGUUCCAGGAGCGCGCCACGGCGGUCGCCCACGGCAACACGGCGCGGCUGGUCGGCGCGCGAGGGCACGGCGACGCCGCCCUCGCCCGCGUCUGCGGCACCGUCGCCGCCGACGAGAAGCGGCACGAGGCCGCCUACACCCGCAUCGUCUCCAGGCUCCUCGAGGCCGACCCGGACGCCGGCGUGCGCGCGGUGGCGCGCAUGCUACGGCGAGGGGUCGCCAUGCCGACCUCGCCCAUCUCCGACGGCCGCCGCGACGACCUCUACGCCUGCGUCGUGUCCCUCGCCGAGCAGGCCGGGACGUACACGGUGUCGGACUACUGCUCCAUCGUCGAGCACCUGGUGCGGGAGUGGCGCGUGGAGGAGCUCGCGGCGGGGCUCUCCGGCGAAGGGCGGCGCGCGCGGGACUACGUGUGCGAGCUGCCGCAGAAGAUCCGGAGGAUGAAGGAGAAGGCCCAUGAGAGGGCGGUCAAGGCCCAGAAGAAGCCCAUCAGCAUCCCGAUUAAUUGGAUAUUUGAUAGGCACGUCAGUGUCAUGCUGCCCUAAUUUAAUUAAGUUGAUUUAAUUACCCACUGGAAGGGUAAUUAAUUAUGCUAUGCUCGUGUUCAUAUUUCAUAAACGGGCCGUUACCAGAAGUAGAGGUCCGCUAGAUUUGAGCAGUAAUUCGUAGGGUUAUCUUGCUCUGGUAAUUGUAUGCGUGGUAAGACUUGCUAUUCCAGUUAAUUGUUAAUUUGUGUCUGUUUA